CCUCGCCUCCAUCUCGCGGCCUGUUGCGCGGCCCCAAGCAACAGCCCAUCGCCGUCUGCUCCCCAUCGGCCUAUGGCACUUGGCCCCAUCGCUUCCUGACCGUCCGUCCUUUCCUCCGCACGUCUCCGGGCCCCACGGACUCUCUUCGGCUUUCCUCCUCGGCAGCAGCGUCCCCAGCACGAUGAGCCCAACCAAGGAUCAGUACUCGUUUCGGGCCGACUGGAGCGUCUUUGCCCUCCACUGGUCGCAGCGCCCUGGUCUCCUGCGAUUGGGACUGGGAAGCUUCCUCGAGAAGCAAUCUAACAAACUUCAAGUCAUCGAGCUCGACCCGGAGAGCGAAUCCUUCAACAUCGUCACGACAGCCGACCACCAGUAUCCAUGCUCCAAGCUGAUGUGGGCCCCUCAAACGGCUCAACCGGGACCGGAGCUGAUGGCCACAACCAGCGAUUAUCUGAGGCUGUGGGAAUAUCGAGGCUCCGACUCUGGCGCUCCGGAGCUCACGUACAGACUGACGCUCAGUAACUCUCGCAAGGGAUCACAGCGCAAGGAUCCGGCUCCGUUGACGUCCUUCGACUGGAACGACACCAAUCCUGCCCUGUGCAUCACCAGCAGCAUCGACACGACCUUGCACCCCAAGACCCAGCUCAUUGCCCACGACAAGGAUGUGUUUGACGUUUCGUUCAAGUCCAAGUCCACGGACGAGUUUGCGAGUGUCUCGGCCGAUGGCUCGGUUCGGCUAUUUGAUCUGAGGGCACUGGACCACUCCACGAUUUUGUACGAGGCUCUACCACUGGCGAACGGCGUCAGCCCCAGCACCAGCCCGGGUCUGGUUCGGAUAUCCUGGAACAAGCAGGACCCCAACUUUGUGGCAACGCUGCAGGCCGGGUCGGACUCGGUCAUCAUCCUGGAUAUCCGCAUGCCGGGAAUCCCUGUGGUGGAGCUGCGUGCCCAUGGGGCACCCGUGAACUCGGCCACAUGGGCACCGCACUCGACAACCCACCUGUGCACCGGAGGCGAAGAUUCCACGGCGUUCGUCUGGGACAUUUCCAACUCGAUGAAGCAGAAGGUCAUUCAGAACCCAAUUCUGGUGUAUCAGACCGAGUCCAAGGUCAAUCAGGUCUCCUGGUCCACGCAACACUCCGAGUGGGUCGGUGUUGCCUCUGGAAGAAGGGUCGAUAUCCUCAAAGUAGCCUGAGCGACGCCCUCCUCCCCUCGUCCGCAACCGGAGGGUCUUCCGGGCAUUGCUCUCACAAUCCAACAUAUCCGCUCUUCUGGAUCAGCCGUUCUCCGCGCCUUUGCCUGCGCCUUUCGUGCCUCUACUUCGACCCCCCCGUUUCUUCUCGCCCUCGAGGACUCUGUCUUGACGAUAUUCCCCCAAAAGCUUCGCUUUCGACCGAGUUCCACUCCUCGCCUCUAUUAUGACUGCCAGACAAUCCAAAUACACCCUACAUCGGAUGGAAUCUAG